AUGUCCGCCGUCGAAGAAUCCAAGCGCGCCGCCGCCAAGGUCGCUGUCGGAAACCACUACCCUAAGGAUGCCCGCUGGGUUGGUAUCGGUAGUGGUACGACGAUUGUGUACGUCGUCGAGGCCAUCAAAGCCCUCGGUGUCGACACCUCGAACACAAAGUACGUUCCGACCGGCUACCAAUCCAAGCAGCUGAUUAUCAGCGCCGGAUUGGCUGCUGCCGAGUACGAUUCCGUUCCGCUGGGCACUGUCCUCGACGUCGCGUUCGAUGGUGCGGACGAGGUUGACGAGGAUCUGAACUGCAUCAAGGGCGGCGGUGCAUGCUUAUUCCAGGAGAAGAUCGUCGCUCUGCAAGCGAAGGAGUUUAUCUGCGUUGCCGACUACCGCAAACUCCAGCCCCGUCUCCUCACAAACUGGAAAGCAAUUCCCAUCGAGGUCGCCCCGAUCGCCGCCCACCGCGUUCUCCUCAAGCUGAGGGAACUCGGCAGUAUCAACCCCACCAUCCGGGCGUCCGCCAGCUCCAAGGAAGGUCCCCUCAAGACCGAUCAGGGCUUCUUCAUUGUCGAUGCUCCCUUCAAGCCCAUGCUGAUCAAGGCUGAUAUCGAAGCUGGCCAUGAUGGUAGCGGCAAGGAUGGUGUCUGGGCAGUUAACGUGUUGGCUGACAAGAUCAAGGAGAUCACCGGUGUGCUUGAGGUCGGUAUUUUCCACGGCCAGACCGGCCCGCAGGCUACUGCUGCCGGUGGCAUUGGUGGUCAACGACCUGUCGCGGCCUACUUCGGUAUGGCUGAUGGGACAGUCGCUGUUCGCAAGGCUCAGUAG